ACAAAGUAAACAUACUUUGCAUGAGUGACGGGUAUUUGUAAAUAUUGCGGAUUUCGACAUUUCUGUUACGGUUUUGUUCGUCCUGUCGUAGUACUGUAAUGUCAGGCAGGGAUGGUUAGCCUUACCAGAAGUUUUAACACAUCGACUAGCGGAGGAAUAUUUUUCAAUGACAACUCAGUGUCAGAAGAUGACGCUCAGCUGCUGCAGCCAGCUGCCGGUUCUAAUAGGCGCGACAACUUCGCACCCCUAAACACAAUUCUGCUCUCUGCGUUUCAUCUGUCCGUUGCUGUGGGCGUGUUUUUGGUGUCAGUGGUCCUUAGUGCAGUGAAUGAUGCCAGCAAUCGACAGUGCUUGUCAUAUUUCAUUGUGCUGUAUUUGCAUGCACUGUUUUGGUGUAUAUCAUGGAUUUUGCAUCACUUACUUAAAAAGAAACAUGAUAGCCUAAAGAUCUAUGGCUACCUUGAUUUUUAUAAGGAAACAGAAGAUCAAUUCAGACUUCCUCAUCAUGUGGUUUCUGCAUGGAGUGUGCUGCUGCUCGUCGUUGAUUCACUGCUUCAUCAACUGUAUCCAGACAUGGCAGCUCACUGUGAAUCAGGAGGACUUGUCCGACCCAUUGUAUACCUCGUUGUACUCUUAUCACUGGAGACCAUUGUACUGGUUAUCUGCAUUGGCAGUUACAUAAGAAAGGUGUACAAGUUUAACAAGAAAUGUCCUCUACCUGAUGCGCAACGUGAUGAAUGGCUGUUACAAAGAGAAACAGAAGGACAACGUAGUGCUUCAGAAGUUGGUUACAGGAUACACAGUGAUCAUCUGCAAGAUCUUCUAGAACGCCAGGCAGAUGUAAUAACACAUCUUCGUGAGCACAAUGCUCGCUUGAGCCGCAAAGUGAUGGCUCUUUCUUCACGAGCAAAUACCAGUCAUGAUUAGUUACUCUCAUUUUUUCUCCUAUUUUUUAAACUGUAAAAUAUUAGCCUACAAUUUUGUAUGACCAAAGUAUAUUUUAGUAGAGAAAUCUGUAUGACUGUUUACAUUGACUGACUUAAAUAUUUAUGACUUAUGUGUUUGGUUUUAGAUUUUUGUAAAUACAAGAAAGAAAUUUAUUAUCAGAUAUUAACUUUGGGAAAUGAUGAUGUUCCUAUUUUAUAGUUAGACACUUUGAACACAUCAAAUGUGUAAAUAAUAAAGGACAGAAAUUUUGUAAUAAUAAAUAUUUUGUGGUAAGAAAUUUUGGAUAUGAAGAAUUUGCCUUCAUUGUUCCACUAGUGAAGGAAUUAUUGCAAGCUUGCAGCUGUAUGGCUGCUACAUUUUGUUAGGUUACAUGUCAACCAAGCAGCUUCUUUAUGUUUUCAUAUAUAUUUUAUUAACAUGUAAUAUAACAGCAUUAAUAACCAGAAGAUAUUUAAGUAACAUAACAUUUAGUGUGUUCUACACACAUAUCCGAUCAAAACCCCAUCUGCUGGAAAAUAUGAAACUGAGAUUCUUACUGCUGAGCACUCUUUUCAAGAGACAAGUGGCUUGACAUAUUUAUGUCAGCAUUGCCCACAGAUUGAUUUAGUUACCUUCUAUUUUCAAAACAGCCCCCUAAUGUGUUGACAGCAAAACAUUUUGAAUAUUGGAUAAAACUUUUUGACUUUAAAACCCCACUGAACAUCUAUGUCAGAACAGUCAGUAGAUAGGUAAUUUUAUUUUCUUCUGUUCAGCUUGUUUGUGACUUAAGCAUUAUAGAGUAAUGGGCUAGUACAUUUUAUAUGUUUUAACUGGAUUUAUUCAUGGAUACAAUUGUGUGUGUAAGUGAGACUUCAAUAUUUUGUCGUAUGGAAAGUUUUUUUUAUGUCUUGGAAAGCAAGAAAUGGUUGUUACUAUUGCUUUCCAAACAUUGAAAACCAUAUUCAAAUUAACAGGUGACACAUGUUUAAAUGUAUGAUGGGACUGUAGUUUGUUUUCUCUUUCAGCUUUAAUGUCUCUUUUUUUUAUUAUAGGCUACCUCCUCCAUUUCUGUGUUGCUUUUUACAAAUUUGAUAAUAAUUCCAUCAAUUUCUCACUAUCUUCUCUGCAUACAUAUUUUCUUCUUAUUAGUUCUUUCCAUCUACUGUUAGAUUGUCUCUUGUUCCAAAUUCAGUUAUUUCACUUUCUAAUGUUGCCAGCAGUCGAUACCUGGAGUAAUUCGUUAAAUUGAGCCCCUUUUAGAGUUAUAAUCAAAUCUCUUGCUCUCUUGUGGAGUCCACAGUCAAGUCUUGUUCAACAUUGGCAGUAAAUGUAGUGGAAAAAAAUAACUUUUCCAGCAUGGUCUUCUUGAGCUCUGUUUCACUACAUCAUUCAUCUCAUUCAGCAAUCUUCCAAUAAGAGAUCAUCUUAAUUAAGUUACACCUAUUGUUCAUGUGUCUUAUGCUAUUGGUUAGGGAUGUUCAAGCAAGUUUGGCUUGAUUGGAGUACUCACUUCAUACCUGUUUGCUAACACCUGACAGUGAAUGGAAAAAUAGUAACUACCAUGCAUUAUUUCUUCACAAAAAUAAAGUAAUAAGUUCUUUGAUAUAAAUACAUUUUCAAAGAAAGAUAAUGAGCAAUUGUGAGAAAGGAAUUUCUUGCAAUUAUUUGGUUUUGGAUUACUUGCUGACUGGGAACCAGUGCUUUGUCUCAGAUCAACAGUUUUAUCACUACACUUGGAGUGCACAAUAUACAGUACCCUAUGAUAGUUUAAUUUAAAGGAUUAUUGGGAGGGCCAGAAUGAGAAGUAAAGGUAGACUAAAAAAGGAAGUGGCAAUCAGAUAAUUAAUACAAUAAAGGGUAGGAAAGAAAAGGUACAAACAGAUAGUGUGGCUGGCCACUACUUACCUGGAAGAGGUGAAAUUCUAGUACUGCCGGUAGACUCAUUAGAAGUAAGUGGAAUUCUGCCUCUUGAAGGUAAGUACUGCCCAGCCAUAAUGUCUCCUCGUAAUUUCGUAGUUUUCUUGAGUUGAUCCUCAUUUUGAUAUAUACUGCAUAGAACGAAAGAAAAAGAAGAAAAUGCCUUGUUGAUCCCCCUUAGUAUGGAUUUUAAGUGACCUGUCCUCUUGUCUGAUCUUACCAAGUGAUUCCUCUUUUUUCCCUAAAAAAAGUAACUUGUUGUUCUGACAAUUAGGGGUGCUGUUAUGAGUUUUUGUUACUUUGUGUCAGCAACAUUAGGUGUUGUGCUUUCUUGAGGUAAGUUCUGGCCAUCCUUUCUGUCUCUACAUGGUUUUAAGAAUACACUGUGCUCAUGAUUCAUCGUGCACAUUGUAGUGUUGAAAGAGGGAAUUGUGCUCCUGUGUUAAUAAUGAAGAAUGCAAGUUUGGCACUGGAGCAACAACAAUCACCACUAAUGUAGGCUUCCAUGGCUGUAGACCAUUAUUAUGUUUCCCCCCCCC